AUGUUUCAAAAACUAUUUCAUUGGAUUGUUGGAAAACCACAACCUCAUUACCAGUUGGGCAACUCUCAGUCAUGUAUAUUCUGUAGAGCUUAUUCCACAAACCGCAGUGACUUUGACAUUGUGUGGGAGGAUGAAGUAUUUGUUGCCUUUCGGGACAUUCGUCCAUCGGCACAAGACCACAUUCAACUCAUCCCCAAAACCCAUAUCGACAGUAUCAAGAAACUUUCUCAGAAGGAUGUGAAUAUGCUCAGGAGAAUGGAGGAAAUAGGACAUUCCAUUCUUGAUACGUUCAACGUACCAGUUUCAAAGCGGAAGAUGGGUUUCCAUAUACCACCGUUCAACUCAAUACACCACCUGCACCUACAUGUACAAUCAUUGCCAUACAUUUCGCCUAUACAUCGGCUGAAGUAUCCGUUUGUUCGGGGCUUUGGCGGCUAUGAAAAGGGAUUCAGUUGGUUUGCUGAGAUCGGUCAAGCAAUACGGAUUCUGGAGAAAGGCCAUCGUGUCACCGUUGCACCGUGCUAA